AUGGAGUUCCUACUGCAACCGAUUAGGAGCACCGCGGUGAUGGAAGAAGUGAACGACAACCAGCUUGCAAUGGAGCCGCUGCACUACCCGGCGAUGGCGACUGAGGCUGAGCGGCUACCACCCAUGGCGACUGGUAGCGUUGACGGGAAAAUCUGUGCGGCCGAGGGGGGAGCUGUAGGCGAAGGGGAUGCUAAACCGCAAGCAUCUGAGCAAUCUAUUGGACAGAUUGAUCCCAAGACACCAGGCUGGACUCGCAGGGUUAGAAUUGGAGCAGCUGCACCAGGAAGGGCACCUUGCCCUGGGCGAACCAGUGCCCUUGAGAAGGGUUUUGGAAUUAGAUACGGGAAGAGCAGGCUGAAUGUGGAGAGAACAAAAUGCAUGCAAGAAAUCGUGUGUGGGUGUGCGGGUAAACCUGGGGUGGAGAACACAAGGUCAUGUCGAUGCGAGUGCCCUGCCUUAAUAAGACUGCUCCGACCAAAGGACAAUGAUUGGUACAUAGCAGAGCAUCAUGAACAGCACAACUAUUCAUUGUCUCCGACAUAUUGUCAGACAAUACACUGGCCGUCGCACAAGCAUAUUGAUGCGUACAGUGGGGACUCGGUGGAGCAGUUGCGGCAGAACAAUGUGAACCUGGCAAAAGUGCACAGCAUCAUCGGGAGUUUUUUUGGUUCAGUGGAGAAGGUACCUUUCACAAAAAGAGCUCUGAAGAAUUUGUGUGGCAAAAUCAGCAGAGAGCAGGCAGAGGACGAUGUUAGGAAAACUAUGGAGGUUUUUGCAGAAUUGGGUUCACAAGAUCCACAUUUCACAUACCGAGUCCAGGCAGACAAAGAUGGUCGGAUAACCACUCUUAUGUGGGAAAAUGGGAGCAGCAGACUGCAGUACACAUUCUUCGAAGACGUUGUUACCUUCGAUACGACGUACAGAACAAACUUGUACAACAUGCCCUUUGGCCUCUUUGUCGGUGUGAAUAACCAUUUUCAGAGCAUCAUCCUAGCCGGGGUUUUGGUUCGUGACGAAAAAGUUGAGACCUUUGAGUGGGUUUUCACAGAGUUCGUUAGGAUGAUGGGUGGAAGUGCCCCUAAGAAAAUUCUAACCGAUCAUAACCGUUCGGUGGAGGUCGCCAUAAAAAAUGUGAUGCCGCAGAUAGAGCACUGA